AUGUUCUUCUCCUCCUCAAAAGUCAUAUUUCCCCUCCUUUCUUUCCUUGCUGCAUUUUUCGCCCUCGUUCAUUCUACUCCAGUCACCACCAGUUUGCGCUCGCGACAGAUCGAUAGCAAUGGCACUGCAGUUGGAGUUGGAGUUGGAGUCCCAUUUAUUUCCAAUAUUCAGGCCAGUAAUGUUAUUCCGAAUAAAUACAUUGUCGUGUAUAAGAACAACGCUACGGACGCAGCGGUCCAGACGCACCAAGCGUCCAUCCUGUCCGCGCUGCGGAAGCGCGGGGUAGAUGGGGGGACGGUGGCGGGAGCGAUGGAUGUGUUUGCGAUGGGUGGGUGGAGGGGUAUGGUGUUGGAGGCUGAGGAUGAUAUGAUGAAGGAGAUUGCGGGUACGGAUAUGGUGUCGUAUAUCGAGGCCGAUACAAUCGUCAAGACGAAUUCUUUCAUCCAACAAGCUACUGCGCCGGCGGGUUUGAAUCGCCUAUCGCAUACGGCUGUGGGCAGCACCAACUAUGUUUUCGAUGACUCGGCUGGGGCUGGGGUUACGGCGUAUGUGCUCGAUACUGGGAUUCGGACAUCGCAUAGUGAAUUCGGAGGCCGAGCUACCUUUGCAGCGAACUUUGUAAACACGGUUGAUACCGAUGAAAACGGCCACGGAAGCCAUGUAGCUGGCACCAUCGGCGGGGCUACAUUCGGAGUAUCCAAAUCCAUCAACCUUGUAGCCGUCAAGGUUCUCGAUGCCGAUGGAGCAGGAAGCAAUUCCGGUGUUAUUUCAGGACUCAACUUCGUGGCUCAAAACGUAACAGCGAGCGGUCUAGCCGGCAAAGCAGUCAUGAACAUGUCAAUCGGAGGAUCUAAAUCCACAGCGCUCAACUCAGCUGUUGCAGCUUUGGUCAAAGCGGGCGUGAUAGUCGUCGUAGCUGCCGGGAAUGAUAAUCAAGAUGCAUCAGACACCUCACCUGCCUCAGCCCCGUCCGUAAUCACAGUCGGAGCCAUCGAUGGCAACGACAACAAAGCCUCAUUUUCGAACUUCGGGCCUGCUGUGGAUCUGUUUGCCCCAGGUGUGAAUGUUCUGAGCGUGGGUAUCAAAAGCGAUACCUCCACUGCCACAUUAAGUGGUACGAGUAUGGCAUCACCCCACAUAACCGGCCUCGCAGCCUACCUAAUGUCCCUCGAAAACCUAACGACCGUCUCGGACGUCACAGCUCGCAUCCUGACGCUGGCCCGCUCGACGGGCGCAGUGGCCACGGGUGCUGGUGCUGGCACUAGCACGACGACGUUGAUUGCGAAUAAUGGGAGUGGGAGAUAG